UAAGAAAACAUUUUAAAUAUAUUUUGUACAAAAACAAUUAUAGUUAACCAGUGCGUAUACUUAAUAUUUAUAAACAAAAGACAAACAACAGUAAAAAAGUGUUAACAUUUAUGAAACAAAAGCUGUUCAAUUAUUAAAAUCAAUAUAGCUUAUUCUCGAGCUAAAUAACAUCUUAUCCUUGAUCAAACGACAAUUGUUCCCUGGACUCCACAAUGAAUGCCACCUCGCCAAAGUCAUCGCUGGUCAAGUUGGGUCUGCACACUAACAAACAAAAGACGCUCAAGGUUAUGGUUCUGGGCCAAAGUGGCGUUGGAAAAACGGCCAUGGUGGUGCGUUUUAUUACCCGUCGCUUCAUUGGCGAAUAUGAUCCCAAUUUGGAGAAGAUUUACACCUGCCAAACCACGCUGGACAAGGAGCAGAUUCAGUUUGACAUUCUGGAUGCCACCGGUCAGCUGCAAGAAUUAGAUGGCGUGAGUCUGGAGUCCAAUAUACGCUGGGCGGAUGCCUUCAUCCUCAUGUACUCCAUCACGGACAAGUGUUCCUUUGACGAGUGCAGUCGCCUAAAGUUCCUGAUAAAUUACAACAAAAGGAGACGCAAGCUGGGUUCGGCCAGUAAAGACUAUACUUUGGAUAUUCCUGUUAUCUUGGUGGGCAAUAAGACAGAUCAGCCCGGGGAUCGCAUGGUUAGCUUGGAGGAGGGUCAGCGAAGGUUCAGGGAGUUAUCCUGUGCCUGUUUUCAUGAGAUUUCAGUGAGAGAAAGCGUUGAGCAGGUCCAAAAUGUCUUCCGCGAUGUCUUUCGCUUCUGGCGUGUCUUUACCAAAUUCCCCAAGCUUAAACGCUCCACCAGCGAUGUGGCCAACACGGAUGGCAUUAUUACACCCGAUUCGGGCUCUAGUUCCUUCUACGAAGCCUCUUCCUUGGGCGCCGGUCGUCGCUCGUUUUUGGUUAUUGGCAGUGCCUGUCUGGAGGAGAGCAGCGGUGACCACACCGAGUCCACGGAUGAGAUAACCAGCAGCAGUUUGAGCAGCUCUCGCAGCGACAUCGACGCUCCCUUCCGAAGUCGAGCCUCGACGGAUGGUACUUUGUUGUCGCGACCCCGAAGGUGGCGCUAUCCACCGCCGGGCUGCCUGCUGCCGCAUACGAAUCGCGUGGAGCGGCGGAUGAGCAUUUCCACCAGGGGCAGCAAUGCCAGUUAUUGAGGGGAGUCAAUGAAGUAGGCUGAGC